ACUCUUUCGCAUCAAUCAUAAUAAUAGUAAUAAUGUAUUCCUCCACAUCUAAUAACUCAACCGAAUACCAGAGAUUCUCAGGCUCGCCGGCUCCGCCAUCGCCGCUUCCUUCUGAGCCGCCGCAACCGCAAGGUAAGUCCGUUAGCUUCACUGCAGAGGCAUCGCCAAACGGUAACGCGGAAGAUCCGGAGCAAGAUAAUAAGUCCGUGGACGUGACUUCAGAACUGUGGCCGAGCGGUAGCGGGGAAGGUUCGGCAGAGCCGCCGAUUCGGAGGCUGAUAAAGACUCGUGACCCUUGGUCAACUGGGCUGUUUGAUUGUUUCGAUGACGUCUCCAAUUGUUGCAUAACGUGCUGGUGUCCCUGUAUAACAUUCGGACAGGUGGCUGAGAUAAUUGACAAAGGAUCUACUUCUUGUGGUACGAGUGGAGCGGUAUAUACGGUGAUAGGAUGCGUAACAGGUUGUUGGUGCUUGUACUCGUGCUUCUACAGGGCGAAGAUGAGACAGCAGUACAUGCUAAAGGAAAGCCCCUGCUGCGAUUGCUGCGUCCACUGCUUCUGUGAACAUUGCGCCCUCUGCCAGGAGUAUCGCGAGCUUCAAAACAGGGGAUUCGACCUGCCCCUAGGAUGGCAGGACAAUGUCGACAGAGACGAGGGACUGGCCAUGACCGCCAACAACACUAGUACUGGAUCCAAUUCCAAUUCCAAACCCCCUCUUCCUCUUCCUCCUCCUCCUCAAGUUGAAUCUGAGAUGACCCGCUAGCUAGCUAGCUAGCCUACUUCUUUUCACACCAUCCAUAUUCCAUCCCACGAUGAUGCAAACACUAAUUAAUCAAUAUGUAUAAUUAUUUAAUCAAUUAUACUUUAUAUGAAACAAUUCGUUAUUAAUUACUAUACACAUCACACAUGUCACAUGUUGAAUAGUCAAGUUUGACGUCUGCUAGCUAUAUCAUACUAUUCAGUUAGUUGGAUA